CUUCAGACUCAGCUCCAGCUUCCCGCUCCCGUUGAAGUCAAACACCGCCUGAAACACACACACACACACAAACACACACACACACACACACACACUUGUAUUUACACACACACAGGGACAGAACGAGAACGGCUCACAUCCAGAGCGUGAAACCGCACAAGGCCCGUGGGCAGUUCUUGUACGGAGACUCGGUGCCGGUGUUGUUAAAAGCUUGCGCUGCGUUCAUUAAGCAGCCAAGAUGGCAAUGCAAGAGUUACUGAAAGACGAAGACAUCAAGAAGGCCCUGGGAGCAUUCCAAGCCCCCGACUCGUUUGACCAUAAGAAGUUCUUUGAGAUGGUGGGCUUGAAGGCCAUGUCUGCAGAGAACGUCAAAAAGGUCUUUAAAGUCCUGGACGUCGACGCCAGCGGCUUCAUCGAGGAAGAGGAGCUCAAGUUUGUGCUGAAAGGGUUUUCCAAGGAUGGCAGGGAUCUGACCGACCAGGAGACCAAAGCAUUCCUGGCUGCUGCUGACAAGGAUGGGGACGGGAAGAUUGGCAUAGAUGAGUUUGAAGCCAUAGUCCACGAGUAAAAAGCAACACUUCUGGCAACCCGACAACCUCUUCUCUCCUCUGUACACACCUGCAGGCUGAUGCACAGCACUGCAUGCCUCUCCAGACCACCCAAAAUCCACCCCAACCCACCUCAAACUGACCCCCCCCCGCAUCCAUAAGCCACGGGCAGGAACCUCAUCCGCACCUCUAUUUAUUUACUUCUUUUUUAUACAAACUCUGUGCUCACGUGACCAGUUUUAUCUGAGCUACCGCAUCACGUCUCCUCCGUGACUUGUUAAGUCCCCUGAAAAAAUGAAAUAUGUUGUUAUAUGCUGUCAAUAUAUUCCUACAUAUGAACAGAAUGUAUUGUAACGUGUUUUCAAUAUAUUGCUUUUUUGUGCUGGGGAAUCAACUCUCCUUCUUUCAGUCACUCCCUUUCUCACUCUUCCAAAACACAUCCUUCCUUCUCCUCUCAUUCUUCUCCCUUCUUGCUCCAGAUAGAGCUGGCGAUUGCAAAAAAAGAUGAAUAGAAUGAAGACAAGCUGAGAGAAAAUACGAUUCAAGAGAGAAAUAAAGUAAAAUCAUGCCUUGAGUA